GCUCCACGGCCGCAAGUGCCGGUCUUUCGGCGGGGCCCCGAGCCCCGGGCGGAACGCUGGGACCCCGGGCGGGAGGGUGGUCCAGGCCAGAGCCCGGAGCGAGCAGCUGGGCGCCAGGUGCAGGGUUAGAGAGACCUGUCCGAGGAGAGGUGCUGACUACGGCCCGGGGCCUCCGCUACCUGCCCUGACCGGCGCCCGCCAUGGCCCAGCAGAGGGCCCUUCCGCAGAGCAAGGAGACGCUGCUGCAGUCCUACAACAAGCGGCUCAAGGACGACAUCAAGUCCAUCAUGGACAACUUCACUGAGAUAGUCAAGACCGCCAAGAUUGAGGAUGAGACACAGGUGUCCAGGGCCACUCAGGGCGAGCAGGACAAUUACGAGAUGCACGUACGAGCCGCCAACAUCGUCCGAGCCGGCGAGUCCCUGAUGAAGCUCGUGUCCGACCUUAAGCAGUUCCUCAUCCUGAACGACUUCCCCUCCGUGAACCAGGCCAUCGACCAGCGCAACGAGCAGCUGCGCAUCCUGCAGGAGGAGUGUGACCGGAAGCUCGUCACCCUGCGGGACGAGGUCGCCAUCGACCUGUACGAGCUGGAGGAGGAGUACUACUCGUCCAGCUCGAGUCUGUGCGAAGCUAAUGAUCUGCCUCUGUGCGAAGCUUACUGGAGGCUGGACCACGACACCGACCCUGCGGACGGCCUCUCGGCCCCUCUGCUGGCGUCCCCGGAGCCCAGUGCUGGGCCCCUGCAGGCCGCAGCCACGGCCCACUCCCACGCUGGUGGCCCUGGCCCCUCAGAGCACGCCUGAGCCCCGCCCCCUGCCGCAGCCUUGCUUCUCAGCCUGGGCUCCCGCUUGUGCAGCUGCUCCGGCCUCCUUGGUGGCCUUGUUGGCAGGGCGGCCCACUCUUACUCAGGCCACCUCCAUUCACUGCUUUCCUGCCCAGCUGGGCAAAGGAAGCAUCCAGAGCAGUCUGCCCACGAGGACCUUCCCAGCUGGGCAGAGAGGUCGCCCCACGUCCGGAGGCCUGACCCGAGCCUGCCGCUCCCGGUGGGGAGGGGGCUCUGGGUGAGCGCACAUGCAGCAGUUAUUUUGUUGUACGAGAAUGUUGAAUGAAAACAGCACUGCCCUUA